AUGUCGGACGCCAGUAGCGAAGAACAUCAACAAAUGCCAAGUGAGCAGGAGCUGGCAACUGAAAUGUUGGAAGUACAGCGCAAAAGAUUUUAUGUCGAUGUAAAGCAAAACAGCCGUGGACGAUUCAUCAAACUUGCCGAAAGAGUACCUCCUUUUAAGGUAGGUCUUGGAGGCCGUAAGAGCCGCAUUAUUUUAUCGAUGGCGGCUGCUGUUGAAUUCCGGGACCAUUUGGACAAAUUUGUUAAAUUCUUCGAUGGUUUAGCAUCUGGAGAGGAACAGGCUGUGCCUAGCCAGAAUGGGCAGUUACGCUCAGAAAUGAUUGUGUACAGAUCACGGCGUUACUUUCUGGAUUUAAGAGAGAAUCAGCGUGGCAAAUAUUUGCGCGUAUCACAAAUGGUUUAUCGUGGCCCACCAGGAAUCCGUUCGCAAAUAGCACUACCAGCUCCUGGAAUGGCUCAGCUCCGUGAUACACUUACGGUAUUUAUUGAUAAAUUUGGAGAAGGAUAUCUCUAUAAGAACAAUGAGAAUGUCGACGUACCUGAUUCUAAGCAAUUACGUGCUGAAAACAACAAGUUCUUUUAUUUCCAUGUUGGUCACAAUGAUCGUGGAACAUUUGUGCGUAUCUCAGAGGUUAAACAAAUUUCUGGCCUUCGUAAUUCGAUUACUGUUCCGCAGAGCUCUUGGGGUGAUUUUCGUGAUUUGCUUGGGGAAUUAAUGGAGAAAAUGGCUGCUACAAAAGUCGAUGAAGGUUAUUUAAUGGAUAGUGAGGGAAAGUGGUCAGUGGAAAGUCUUGUUGAUGGUGCCAGAUUGGCUGUGAAAAUGUCUGGUACCAACGAUUAUCGUGAAGCAGAAAUUCUUACAAUUCGUCCUGGUGAACGUGGAUAUCGUUUUUAUGUGCAUUAUAUCGAUUGUAAUCGACGUCUGGAUGAAUGGGUCGAGGAAAGUGCUCUUGAUCUUACCAAUGUGCGUUUUCCUCAAAAAGGUAGCAAGAUUCAAAAAACGCAGAUAGAAACUUCCAAUUCUCGCGCUUCAUCUGCGGAACGAGAUAUGGCAAAUAAAAAAGGAGCUACUCGCAAAAGAAAGAUAUUAGUGGAGAUUGAACCGCCAAAAGUUGAUGAUCAGCCCAUUCGAACUUCAUCACCUUCGUUACCUAUUUCUAUAUCCGACAUCAGAGCUCCAAGUCAGCGUGGAUCCAUGUCUGUAGUUGGACAUAGCGAAGAUGCUUUGAUGCGUAUUCGUAAUAUAGAAAUGAUUGAAUUGGGCCGUUAUCGUAUGCAGCCAUGGUAUUUUUCGCCAUAUCCUCAAGAGUUAACUUCUCUUUCAUGUAUUUUGUUAUGUGAAUUCUGUCUCAAAUUUUUCAAAAGUGUCACAUGUCUCAAAAGGCACAUGACUAAGUGCAAUUUGAAACAUCCGCCCGGCAAUGAGAUUUACCGUUCCGAUUCACUUUCUUUCUUCGAAAUUGAUGGUCGGAAGAAUAAGAUAUAUGCGCAAAAUUUAUGUCUUUUGGCUAAAUUAUUUCUCGAUCAUAAAACACUUUAUUACGAUACUGAUCCAUUUUUAUUUUAUGUUAUGACGGAACAAGAUGAUCGAGGUUUCCACAUUGUUGGGUAUUUUUCAAAGGAGAAAGAAUCAGCUGAAGAAUAUAAUGUCGCAUGUAUUUUGGUUCUUCCUCCAUAUCAAAAAAAAGGCUAUGGACGCCUUUUAAUAGAAUUUAGUUAUGAAUUGUCUAAAUGUGAAGGAAAAACUGGAUCGCCUGAAAAGCCGUUGUCGGAUUUGGGUUUGCAUGUUCGUACCGUUAAUGCAAGUGAUACUUGGACGGAGGUGAAUGCGACCAUGUGA